AGAGUUGACUAGUCCCACACAUGCCUAGUUUGUGUUUUAGUUCACUCAGUGCUGUUUCACGUCAGGUAAGUGUUUACUAUAAUAAUCUGCUCCCACUUUGUUGGUAAGGGUUUUUCAUGGUUCAGCAAAGCCUGGAUUCACUUCAGGAUUCUUUCAGGGUUGAGAACAUUUCCACGCUCUGCCUGCUCUGAUUCUGGAUGCAUUUGCAGGUGAUCUGCAAGUCAGAUGCUCCUACAGGUGAUGUGCUCCUGGACGAAGCUCUCAAACACAUCAAAGACACUCAGCCACCAGAGACUGUGCAGAGCUGGAUCGAGCUGCUCAGCGGAGAGACGUGGAACCCGUUGAAGCUUCAUUACCAGCUGAGGAACGUCCGUGAACGGCUGGCCAAAAACCUGGUGGAGAAAGGUGUCCUGACGACGGAGAAGCAGAACUUUUUGCUGUUUGACAUGACGACGCAUCCCCUGACCAACAACAACAUCAAACAGCGCCUCAUUAAGAAGGUGCAGGAGGCUGUGCUGGACAAGUGGGUGAACGAUCCUCAUCGAAUGGACAAGCGGCUCCUGGCUCUCAUCUUCUUAGCCCAUUCCUCUGAUGUUCUGGAAAAUGCCUUUGCCCCCUUGUUAGACGAUCAGUAUGACCUCGCCAUGAAGAGAGUGCGGCAGCUGCUGGAACUGGAGCCAGAAGGGGAGAGCAUGAAGGCCAACGCCAACGAGCUGCUGUGGGCUGUGGUGGCUGCUUUCACUAAAUGAGGGGACAGCAGGCAGUGGCGUGACAGUGGGGGUGAAAAUUACUCCUGACCCCAACAUUUUGACUUUAGUGACUUCUGGUACCAGACGCCUGGAUUUUGUGGCAUGGGCUGCCCUGUUUCCUCUUCCUGUUGAUUCUCUUUGAUGAUGCUCCAUGACCCUGUCUCUACCCUGCAUCAGUGUUCACUUUCAUAAAGACUAACCGUGGUUAAACGCCACGUCACAUGAAGUGCUUGCUGAUGGUUGGGUAGGCCUGAAAUCACUGAUUCAUAUCCUGUUUUUCUUUUUAACGAGUGGUACAGACGUCACAGGUUAUCAACAAUGAUGUACGUGUGCACAGCAGCAGGGAAGUAAAAGGUUAGAUGAGCUGGAGUCUAAUUUAUUGGGA